CGCCUCCGCCGCCCUCCUCCGGCUCCUCCACCGCCGCCCGUUCCCUCCGGCUCAGCUCCUCCUGCCCUCGGCGGUGGCGCCCUCAGCACCCAGGCUGUAUGAUCAGGCUACAGUCUUCAAUGAGUAACCAUAUUCCUCAGUUCUGUGGUGUUCUUGGUCACACAUUUAUGGAGUUUCUGAAGGGCAGUGGGGACUACUGCCAGGCACAGCACGGCCUCUAUGCAGACAAGUGAACUGUAGAAAUCUAUUACUUCUCCACCAAGAAACCCCCUUAAGAGU